AUGCUUCCCAUCACGACCUGCUUCGUUGCAGGACUACAAUACCUCAUACAUCCUUUAAAGCUUGGAACCAUCCAAGAAACCAUCAACCCUGAUGCUCUAAUCCCAAUCACGCUCCUGUCAACUGAGGAAAUCUUUGGCGACCUCGAAGGAAUUCUACAGCUGUUCGAUUCAAUUGAUGAUGUAUUUGUUCCCGACUUUGGUUCCAUUCUUGUCGAAAAGAGUGGCGACAACAGCAGCCAGGUUCAUAUCGAUACGCGACAGAUCUAUCACAUGGACCAAAUCAAGGCUCUAGAUGGCUUUUCUGAGUUACCUUCUGGUCCCUACUUUCUCUACGGCCCAAAUCUCUACCAAGCCUGGCGUCUGUAUGAUGAUGAGUUCGGAGCUUUUACCUCUGGUGUGAUACCUGAUGAUCUGAACCAACCAGACGACCGGGCAUGGAAAUCUCUCUACGAAAACCCCUCGAGCUCUACAGCCAAAUAUGCCCAAAGUCUUAUUGACCAAGGAGCCGUCAUCAUCGGAAAAACAAAGACAUCGCAUCUUGGUACAGGCGCAGAAUGGGUUGACCAACAAGCUCCUUGGAGUGCAAGAGGUGAUGGAUAUGAAAGGAUGAAGGGUGGUUCUGUCGGUGCUGCUGCUGCCUCGGUUGGGUACCCAUGGAUUGACUACAGUAUUGGCAUUGAUGAUGGUAGAGUGAUGUCCGAGGGCGGCGUAUACUCCAUGAGACAGCCUGGAAAUCUAUCUACCGACAUAGCUACAGCAUCAAAGUUCGACAAAACUCGGAUCUUCAGUCGCAGUCUCAAGGGACUCCUCGAUUUCGCGGAAAACGCCAAGGCUGGGGCUUCUGGAGCUUCCUCCCCAAGGAUCAUCGUACCAGAAGACAUGUCAUCGCCUCAAAAGUCGCAGAAAACAGCCAUAGCCACUUUUGUAUCAAUCCUGCAGGAUCUCCUGGACACGAAAGCUGAGUAUAUCAACGUUGGCAAGACUUGGGAAGACAGUCCUCCAUCUGAAGCGUCGAAUGAGGGAAUGCAAAUAUACAUGGAAAAGGCACCUUUCCGGUCAUGGUGUUAUGAUUACUACCAUUCCUUUGACACUUUUCGAGAUGAGCACAAGAAAAAGUUUGACAACAAGCCGUUUGUCGAGGCUACGCCGCAAUUCUUCUGGAACGAAUGCAAGUCGGUAACAGAGGAGGAGAACCGCCAAGAUACAGAACGUCUCGAUGUAUACCGAAAAUGGUUCCUUGAGAACAUCGUAAACAAUUCUACCCCCAAUGCCAAGGGAGACGCAGUCGUGAUCCUUCCAUGUGGAAAUGCUCAAGUUGAACAUCGGAACGAUCCUGUGGCGCAUCGACUCUACAACACUGACACCGGUAUUGGGGGCUUCCCUGUUAUCAUUUCCAUUCACUCAGGUUCCCUACGAGUCUGA